AUGGAACUAUUUAAAAAUGCUAAAAUUUCUAAUUCAGAAUCCAAAUUAGAAUCAAAAAUAGGCAUAUUUAGCAGAGUUUCCUCUGCAAACAAAAUAAAAAAUAUUCCAGUGAGGUCUACAUCAGCAGAAUAAAUUUAAAAAGAACCACAAUUGAACAUUAAUCAACUCUAUACAAAUAAAGAGCUCACAAAAUUAAAAAAGACUGUGAAAAAAAACCCAUUCGAUCCUACUGCUUAGCUCUUUAUGAGGGAAAUUCGUAGAUAAGAAGCUAAGUAAAACAGUUUUUAAAGAGAUGAGAAUAAUUUUAUGAACAGAACUACAUUUCGCUCAGAUUAAAAACGAAAUUUUUCUAGUGAUGAUACUUGUAAAACAAAAUCUCAAUCUUGCUCUAAUAUUAAUAAUGUGUCCAGGUAAACAAAUGUGCAUCAUUUAGACUAAUCCAACACUGUUUAAAAUAUUAAGCUUUAGGUAACGAACACAUCAAAAAUAUAAUAAGAUAAUCUAAACAUUUAACCAAAGUUUUUGAAUAAAAAUAUGGGAGCAUAAUUCACAACCAAAGGAUCAGCUCGUAAUUUUGAGUGUCUCAAAUAUAGAAUGGUUAUGUUUUAAGAAUAUGAUAAAGCAAUUGAGCAAAAAAAAUAGAAGAAUAAUAAUAGUUUUAAAAUGAUAUCCAGUAAAAGCCAACCUAAAGCUUUAAAAUAGCAAUUAACAAGUGCCUUAGUUUAAUUAAAGGAAUUUUAAGAUUAAGAUGAAAUGGAUAAAGCAGUUACAAUUGUUUCCAAGGGAAUAAACGGCUCUGAAAUUUAAUAGAGCUAAUAACACAAAAAUACUGUUAAUUUAGAAGAAAAUGAAAAAUCUACUUUAAGUCGUUUAUUUACUUAAUCUGGAAGUAAUUCUAUUCAUUUCAAUAAACCAUCUUUUAAAAAUUAAGGAAUAGAACAACUGAAAAAAAAUAUGCAGGACGAAAGUCCUUGGGUAUAUAGCACGUUCUCAAGAUAAAAUAUGAUUAACUAGGUUAAGGAAAUAAAUAAAUAAUUAUACUAAAAAAGAUCAAAUAGUGCAUGCUAAUAGUAAAAAAGCUAGUUUAGUAUAAAUACGAUGCUAGAUUAAGAAAAUAUUGGAAAAAUAAACAUUACACAAUAAGAAAAUAACCAAAAUGAAUAAAAUGCAAACAAUCUUUAAAAUUUAAACCAUUAAAAAAUAGACCCUGAAGAUAGACCUGUUUAUUUUGAUGUGAACACAGGUAAAAGAACGUUGGGUGUCACAGAAAAUGAAAGAAAAAUGUUUGCUAGUUUUUUAGCUGAUAAAAAUCUGAAUGUACUUUUAUAUAGUAGAAAAUUCGAUGUAGAACCUAAUGGGCAUCUUCAAAAGCAUUUACAAAAAUUAAAUCAAUAAAAUUAAAUUAAUUAACAGAUUCGUGAUAAGUUUAAUCAACAAAUGUUAGAUAGCUAAAUUAAAAGGGAAUAACAAAAAAUAAAUUAAGAAUUGCAAAAUAAGCAUUUAUACACUGAUGAAGCUACUCCUAGUAUGAUAUUGGCAAAUAAUAAUACUUCUAAUUUUUUAUGGAAUAAAUCUAAUAAUAAGGCAUAUAAUUCCCCUAGUAAUCAUUUAUAAGAAAGCCAGUUACCCUCAAGUCGGUGUUCUUCAAAAGAUCAAACACCUCGUACACCUGGAACAAUUACUAAUUUAGUAUCUAAAAUGAGCAAAAAUUAAUUUAUCUCUAUAAACGAGUUUUUAAAAUAAAAUGAAUAAACUGGUUAAUUUAAUUCGUAAAAAAGCUAAGAGUCUUCUUCGGUUUUAAAAGCUAAAAAAAUAAACUCGUUAAUAAAUUAACAAACUCAAAAUUUAUUGGAAAUGAAAUAAAUAUCUUUUGUAAAGCAGCAGAGCUCAUCAUAGAAUAAUGUAAGCUCACCAUAAUCCAACAUGUAUAUUCCUCUUAAUAGCGAGUAUGCUAACUAAGCAAUGCAAACUAUUUAAGAAAAAAAUUCUUUUAAUUCUAUUACAGAUCCUUCACCUAUUAUUGGUGGUAUGAAAAGUAUUAGCCCUAUAAAAAAUCGUGGUGAAUCAACUAUAAAAUUUUCUUCUUAUAAUUAAAUUAUCGAAGGUAAUUUAUAAGAUUUACAAUCUAAAUCAGAAACUAACUAAUCACCUUCAAAAAAUGCUAACUUUACAUAUUUCUUAAAAAUGAGGUAAUAAGAAUUAGAAGAAAAUUAAGCUUUUAUAGGAUUUUUAAGAAGCAAGUCUAAUUCAAAAAAUUAGAAUAUAUCUUCAGAGCCCUAGAUUCGUUUAGCAAGUGGCAGUUUAACAAAUACAAGUAGAAAAUAGAUAAAAAUAAAAUAGCAUAUAUAAGGUUCGCAAACAACAAGAAACUAUGCUUAUCCUAAUAGUUCUCUGGCCCAUAUCCCAGAAACAACUACUAUGAACUAAAUAAGCCAAUAAAGUUUAGGAUAGAGAUCAAAAACUAUUAUAAUUUAACACCUAAAGAAAAGCUAAGAAUUAUUAAAUAGUUUAUUCCCAACAAAAAAUGACCCCUAGUUAGAAAGAGAACAGUAAUCCGUGUUAUUAGAUAAAUAUAAAUAUUUAGUUCCUAGUGAAAAAAUCACAAAAGUUAACUUGAAAAAAGAAAGAAGAAAGUAAAAAGGUAUUUCAUAAAAGCUUCCUAAAAAGAUAUUUGAUGAUUAAGGGAUAGUUUUUGGUAGAAAUCCAUUUUUAAAAUUUAAAUCAUCUAAAUUAAUGAAAAUACGUCUAAACUUAGUAAAAUACCUUUAAAAAGUGAAACACCUUAAUAUAAAUAUUUACGAAAUUGUAGAAAAGAAGAUAUUUCCUCUCAAUCCAUACGAAAGACCAGGUGCUUAUAUUUUUUUAAAUCUUUGUAAAAAUGGCACAUCUAUAUAAAUAGAAGAAGUAUUAAAAUAAAAUUAAUACCAUGUUAAUGAUUUUAAUGAACUUAACUAAACUGGACUUAUAAUAGCAGCUUAUCACAAUAACUUAGAAGCAUGCUUGGUUUUAUUAAAAUAUUUUUCUGAUCCAGAUAUCAUAGACUCAACAAAUAAGACUGCCUUAUACUAUGCUUUGAAAAAUAAAAACCAUCAAUUAGUCAGAUACUUAUUCUUUUACAGAGCCAGUCCAUGGAGUAGAUAAAUUAUCAAAUAUUCAGAAAUACAAAUGGAUGAAGAAAUGAGAUAAAUAUUUGAGAUAGCUAGAGUUGUCCAUUUCAUGAUCUUAUUACCAUAUAAUUAUGAUGAAUAAAAGCUUUGGGAGGUCUUUUUAAAAGAUCCUCUUCCUGAGUUACUUCCAGAGUCUUAAAAUGGCAGCUAAUAAGAUAGUCAGAGUGAAAUAGAAAAUUAAACUCCUAAUUAUAGCUUCUUAAACUAAUAAAACUCAAAACAAACAUCAAGCUUAAAUCAUAAUAAAAAAAGUGUACAUUCUAUAGCUGACAUUAUAAAUUAGAAAUAUGCUUCAAUAUCAAGCAGUACACCGCUAAAUGAGUAUCAAUCAAUUAAUUCAAUGCAAAAAUUAAAAAAUGAUGAUAAAGAUAAUAAAUUUGAAGACGAAUAAGAAAUUUACUAUGGAGAUUUAUUUAAAAAACAAAAUUAUAGUUGA